ACAAUGUCGUCUGUCAAGUUGUCUGUCCUGUCGUAAUGUGGGAGUUUCUCAGAAAAUCUCAGUGACGUUGUUUUCAAUGGAUUUAGUAAUUACAAAUACUACUAUUUAGUGCUACGAUGGGUUCUAGAAUAAGGGAGAAUGUAAAACAUUAUUUUGAAUGUUUCUGCGAAGUUGCCGGUCCUCAGCCUGAUGGAACGGAAGCCUGGAUAAUCCAGAGAUAUCCAGAAACAUAUCGAGAUGAACAAGUUCUUAAAUCUGUCCCCAAGUUCACGUAUCCGUGUGAAUUUGACAACUCUACAGUACAGCAUUUCUCGUUUGUGCUGACAAGCUCGGACUCCAAGUGGACGUUUGGGUUUUGCCGUCAUGAUCCCAAGAGUGAGACGGCUUUGGUCGUCCUCAGUUACCUACCUUGGCACGAGUCGUUCACAAAGUUCUUGAACAUCAUCUCAGAGUUGACCAACAGCGCUUCUGGAGAUGAGUUGAUUCCGUUCCUACAGUCUGUGUACCAAAGUCAGAUCCCUGCGCCUAACACCAGCGUCAAGUUUCCUAUUCGCCAAAACGGCACAAGCUUCUUUACAUGCCAAAGUCCUAGUCAAUUUCAACUUCCAAGUAUUCCGGAGAAUCGUAAUCUGACGGAAUACUACAACGCGGUAGACAGCAACAACAUGAUGAUCAUAUUUGCGUCGAUGUUGUACGAGCGGAGGAUUAUCUUCACGUCUCGUCGUCUGAAUCGUCUCUCUGCUUGCGUACAGUCCGCCAACGCCAUCAUCUACCCGAUGCACUGGCAGCACAUAUUUAUACCAGUGUUGCCGCAGCAACUCAUAGACUACCUGCUUGCACCAAUGCCCUACCUCAUCGGUGUGUCUUCCACGUUGAUUUCUAAAGUGAGGCGUAAUGACAUGGGGGAGGUUGUUAUCUUGGACGCGGACAACAACACUGUGGAGACUCCAUUCCAAGAUUUGGAGAGUUUACCUCCAGAUGUGGUAAAGAAUCUGCGUGCACAGCUGCGUAACCGUGCAGCACUGCUAGGUGACGGUGUGUCUCGCGCCUUUCUACGUGCGUUGGUACAACUCAUCGGAGGCUACAGGGACGCACUGCGGUUUCAUCAGGGUGAGAAGAUUACUUUCAACCAGGACGCCUUCGUUGAGUCACGUCCUCCGCCUAUGCAGCCGUUCCUCAGGAAAAUGCUUGAGCUACAAACCUUCCAGCAGUUUAUAGAGGAAAGACUGGACAUGCUGAACGCAGGUCUCGGGUUCUCAGACGAAUUUGAGAUGGAAGCCUGCAACUACUCGGAAAAGUCGAGUUCUCGGCUGAAGCAGCAAUAUCGAGAAUACCUUUCCACAAUACGUAAGGACACCUCGGCAAUGUUCCGCAGCGUCAAGUCUCGGGCAAACCCAGCAAUGAAAUCUGCUGUGAAAACUGUGAAGGAGCGAGGGAAGAAUGUGGGUAAGGCGUACAAGGGUAUCAGGUCCAAGUUCAGAGAGGGAGGCACGCGAGAGGUUGGAGGGGAGUUAGGGGGGUCGUCAGUUUCCCCCACCUCCACUACAGCUCGACCACGACCACAUACCACCUUCAUUACCUCAGCCGCUACGUCGUACAGGAGAGAUCUGAGCAUCAAACAGAGGCUGAGCGCUGGACCUGAUAGCCGUAACCAGUACAGUCCGUUAAGUCCUUCUUCCCCAGAAAACUCCAGUUUCAACCUCUCUCCGUUGGACAUGGACCUGAUGGGAGAUCUACAGGAUGUCAUCUUCCGCAACUGUACCAACGGCAACACCUCACCUGCGGUUUCUCCCACGGUAGAUCGUACGUUGAAGCCAGUGCGUAGCCUAGAGAACUUCCAUGGUGAAGGGCUCAGCUACAGUGGUGGUAGUGCGGUGCAGGCCAGUGCGCCAGAUCUCUUUGGUGCCAGCCCCUUCACUGCUGCGCCAGCUGGGGAAGGGGUUGACGGGGACAGUGUGAGACUGAUCAGCUCAGCUGAUACCGUUAGACUGCCGCCCCCUUCCUCUUCUCGCCCCCAUAGCAAGACUGAAGAGAUGAACCUGAUCCGCCUUGACUCGUUGACCAGCGUGGAUGAUUUUGAUCCGUUGUUGUCGAAGGAGACGGAAAGCGCUAAACCCCCUCUACACCGUGGACUGAGCCUAACCAAUCCUCUCUACCCCUACUACACUCCCCAGCACAAUGACCUUGCUCUGCUCAAAGACUAUGGGAUAGACUUUAACAGCCUGAGUCUGCAGACGACACCUGCGCGGACACUCGACUGCAACGGAACUGAGUUCAAUGCCACCAGAUCAUUAGACUUCACGCUCACUCCUGCACCGUCCACGCAAACCUCUCAACUAAAUUGGACUAAGUUCGACUAACAAACAGCUGGAGGCUAAUUGUGAUUACAGGUGCGCAAGUAUUAUAGGUUGUACGGAUCUUUUACGUUCGAGCUUUAAAGCUGAGAUCAAAGUAGUCAGUUUUGACUUUAAUUUUGUAAAAAUCAGCAUGGUACUGUAAGAAACGUCUAAAUUAUGACUGGAAUGCUCAAUUAUUGUUUAUGGUGCUAAAUUAUGGUAGAUCAAAGCUUUACUAUGUCUUUUAUUAAUUAAAUUUUUUAUGUUUAAGUUCAAUUCUAAAUUGUUAUUGUGCGUAGCUUUCCUAACGUCUUAGAAUGUGCAGUUCUGAUUAAAUUAUUCUGGAGUGAUUGGAUCACAUACUCUUUGUUAUUGUUGGAUUUAAACCUAAAUUUUAAAUUAUAUUUUUUAUUAAAUGACCAAUGCUCUCCACCAAUUAUAAGAAAUCUAAAACCUUCCAUUUUUCUAACAAAACAUAGCUUUACAUAGAACGAGAAGUAAUUCUCAUUUUGUUUAGCUUAUUGAAACUAUGCACAUAGUUCCGAAUAAACUCUUUACU